ACACCAGAUCAGCCUCACGAAAUCCCCGUUCCUCUUUUUUCAAUCCAACCCGGAAAAUCAUCGCUCAAUAAUUCAAUUCAAAUUCACAACGAUUCAAUUCAAUUGCUAUAUAAAACCCUAGUUCAAACCCAAUCGCCACCACUCUACGGCUAUCAAUACACCACAUUUCAGCUUCACUUUCUCAGUGAAAUCUGCGUCUUUCUGCUUCGAAACAUGAAAGCUUCAAUCAAGUUUCGUGAGGACCAGAAGCCAUUGUUGAGGGCUAAGGUCCCUAUCAGCAUCCUAAGCUUUCCUUUCCAAUCAGGAAUCGCCGCCGGCGAAUCCAAAGAGCUCUCUCUCAGCCUCGGCACUUUCUUCGACGCCGGCCCCUCUGUUAGAUUCUCUUACCGCCCCAAUGAUUCGCAGAAGCCGUUCAGUUUUGUGCUGAAAACUGGUCUCGGGAAUUAUGGAUCUCCGAAUUCGAGCCCGUUUACCAUGAGCGCAGAGUUCAAUCUGAUUGGGAAUCAGAACCCCAGUUUCUUCGUUCACUUCAAGCCCCGAUUCGGCGAUUUCUGCGUGAAGAAAUCGCACUCCUCUUCGGCUAUUGCGAAGAGUUUUAGCGCGGGUUCCAAAUUGGAGAACGGCGCCGUUUCGGACGACGAGGUGUUGGUGACUCCGGUGGGGAAGGCCCCCGGGUAUUUCGGAGCGAACGUCAACUUCCUGGACCGGAAUUUCCGCUCUCUGACUCCUGAAUCUCCGGUGCUGCCGGGGUUGGUUGAGAACGUGUUCUCCGGGAUGACGGUGAGUGCGAGGACAGCACUCCCGUUGCAAAGCAGAGCAGUGGUGAACUUCCGAUGGGGCCUUAGGUUUCCGCCGCCGGCAGGGGAGGCGGAUGCGGUUAUGAUAGGGAAAACAGAUCGUACCACCGGCAUUUCCUUCAGGAACCUUCCCCUCCUCGUGAUGAACAAAAUCGGGAUCGAACACCUUCCAAAGAACGAUUCCAAGCGCUCCAAGACGGGUCCGGCCGACGUUACAGAGGCCUGCUUGAACGUGCAGAAACAGCUCGAGCUGAUCCAAGCAGAGAAUGGGCUGUUACGGACCACUCUGAAUGAUCUAAGAGCAGAAAUGGCUGCCGGAAGUUGGAGUUUCAAAGAAUCCGACUGGAAUGGAUCCAAAACUUACGCCGGCGGUCAUCGGAGGAGCAAUGCAGAUAAGAAACCGUCGGAUCUGAACGGAUUCAACGGCAAGCCAUCAGAAGAUGUGAACGAGGAGUUAAAGAAGGCGUUAAAAGCCAGCACUGGCGCAUAAAACUAGUCGAAACUACUGGGAAAUCGAAGGUUCUGUUCAAUCCAUUCAAAUUCGCAGCCAUUAGUACUUGCAGUAUAAAUAUAGGCACCAAUUUUCCCAUUUCAGUUCCGUUUUAUCAAAUCUUUCAUUUGGUAUUACUAAAUUAGUAUUUGCAGGUUGAAUUGUUUUUGCUAUGAACUGUAUCUCAAUUCUCAGCAGAAUGGUGAAAUUCAUAAUGAUGUGUAUAGCUUUUGAAUAUGGGUAUAGUAGCUUCAAUAUGAACAUUAUGUAGCAGCCAUGGGAAGAUCCCGGGACCCCGAGAUUUAGCGGUUUUGAUCAAAAUUCGAGUUUGAAAGAAAUUAUAAUGUAUGAAAAUUAUUUAGUUGUUUGAACACCAAUGAUGUUAUGAUGAUGCAGUGAAUAUAAUGAAGGAGUUGCCAA